AUGUCUUCAGUUUCAGAAUACGCCUUUCACAUGAGUCAUCUGAGUGCCCAGUUGUUUGGUGAAGUUGCCAGACCUACUGAUUCCAAAUCCAUGAAAGUGGUGAAGCUGUUUAGUGAGCAGCCUUUGGCCAAUAGGAAGGAGACUUAUGACUGGUAUCUAAAUCACAACACUUAUUUUGCACUCAUGGCAGCACUAUAUUUUCUUGGCCUCUACAGAGACGAGCAUCAGGACUUUAAGGAUGAGCAGCUGCAUCUGAAGAAGAUUUGUGGAAAGCGGAAACCAAGGAAAGGAGAAGGGAAAAGAACAGCGAAAAAGAAAUAG